UGGGGCUAGGGCGGGGGCCAAUGACGGGCAGGGACCGACGCCAUCAGCGUGCGUUGUGCCGUGGCUGGAAGUUACAGUGCGGCGGCAGCGGCGAAGGCGGCGGCGGCUGCUGCGGCUCAGGAGGCGGCUGAGACGGCGACGGAGGAGACGGAAGAUGGCCGAUUUCCUGAAGGGGCUGCCAGUGUACAACAAGAGCAACUUCAGCCGCUUCCAUGCCGACUCUGUGUGCAAAGCCUCGAACCGCCGACCAUCUGUGUACCUGCCCACUCGGGAGUACCCCUCGGAACAGAUCAUUGUGACCGAGAAGACGAACAUUCUCCUGCGCUACCUUCACCAGCAGUGGGACAAGAAGAACGCUGCCAAGAAGAGAGAGCAGGAGCAAGUGGACCUCGAGGGCGAGAGCUCGGCGCCCCCCCGCAAGGUGGCACGGACCGGCAGCCCCGACAUGCACGAGGACACCUAAGCCGCUGCCCGCGCCCCUCUCGGUGCCCUGCCCCACCCGCCCCACGCCCCUCAUAGCAGCAGGAGUAUUUAUUUUCCUUGAGUUUUUAUUUAUGCCGUCACGUGACCCAGCCGUGGUUCCAGGGGCUGUCAGACCAGCGUCGUGUCCAUAGAUGCUUUUUUUAACCGCAGUGUCACCCCUACCCCACCCCUCCGGUCCGGCCAACGUGGGUCUGAGGGUGCGGGAGCCCCAUCUAUGGCCUCUGCGGAGUCGGCGACCUUGUGCUUGUCCUGGCUGAGCUGGGCCAGGAGCACUGGCCACACAGACCUUCUCCCCGACUUCUUUUAUGAUGGACGAGCGUGCCCGUAUCCACCCCAAUAAAAGGGUCUUUCCUCUCUGA